AUGGGGUCUCUUACGGAGAGGGAGCCGUGUCCAGACUGCAUCCUCGGUGAUGUGGGUAUGGCGUUUGCCAUAGGUGCUGUCAGAGGCUCUGCUUUCCACUUCAUCAAGGGUCUCUGCAACUCGCCCAAUGGCACGCCAUUUGCCGGUGGUAUGGAGGCUAUGCACAUGAAUGUGCCACGUGUUGGUGGCAGCUUAGCUGUUUGGGCCGGCCUGUUCUGUGCCUGUGAUUGUGCGCUCGUGUAUAUGCGUCAGAAAGAGGAUCCAUGGAAUUGCAUCCUUUCUGGUGCAGCCACUGGUGGCAUCCUUUCUGUGUGUUAG